GGGGGGGGGGGGACGCGACGACGACGCGCGGGACGACGACGCGCGACGACGGGUACUUUGUCGAACUGUGGGACGUGGGAGGACAUCGACAGUAUAAGCGAGAGCGUGGGGUAUUUUACGAUGAGAUAAACGGCGUCAUCAUCGUGCACGAUGCGUCGACGCGGUCGAGCGGGGCGCGGUGCGAGGCGUGGGCGCGAGAGGUGGCGCGAAUGGGAACGUUUUCCGCGCCGACGCGGACGCCGAGCGAGCGAUUCGCGAGCGCAGAGUUAGCGUGCGUCCUGUACGGUUUCGGUGGGUUACCCGUGCCGUGCUUAAUCGUGGCGAAUAAAAUAGACUUAGAACAGAGCGGGGACGGUGACGCGAGGGGGGGUGGUCUGGGCGGUGUGAUUCAAAGGUUGUGGCGCAAACUCUUGCAUCGGCGGAGACGGUUCGUGCUCCCGCAAACCGUCGGCGAAGCUUCAAGCGUGUCCGAUUCGUUCGGUCAUCGCCGUCAAUCCUCCAUUGGGAUGGGAUCGUUGGAUGUACUUCCCCCGGGAGGCGGCUUGCGCACGUCCGCCACGCUCGGUCACGUGGACUUGGACGUCGUGCACGCGUUCUUUCGCGAGCUCGUCAGGAGGCGAUACAACGCCGCCGACGAUCCCCGGAUCUCUACCACGUUCGGAUCCGAGCGUCUGCUUCACACCGUGCAGACGACGCACGUCGUCGAUGAUGAUUACGACGAUUUAACGUAA